AUGUGCCUUUCUCUUUUGUCGUUUUUCUUAGUUUUCUUUUACAUUAUAUUUUUAAAUCCUAUAUUAUGUAAAAAGGUGUAUUUAAAUAAUAAUAUUUUGUACAUUAGUAGUUUGAAAAAGUUAUGUUUAGGGAAAUGCAAGAAGAGGUCAUAUAGUAUAAUAGUUCAUUCUAAUAAUAAUAAUAAUAAUAAUAAUUAUAAUGAAGACUACCCUCAAAAUUGGAAGGAACAAAAUUUAAAAAUUACCAAUUUUGAAAAGGAAGAUAUAAAGAUUAAUAAACAUUUAAAUGUGAAUAUUUUUCGUACAGAGAAAAAUACAUCUAUAUAUGAUGAAGGAUUAUGUAUAUAUAAUAUUCUUAAAGAUAUUGAAAUUAAGGAUGUAAAAAAGGUACCUUGUUUUGAUCCCAAUUUAGCUGACAUAACAAUAGAACAGAGUAAAAAUAAUAAUAAUAAUAAUAAUAAUAAUAAUAGUAGUUGUAGUAGUAAUAAUAAUAUAGGAGUGAAAAAGAACCAAUCAGGUGAUGAUAUAUAUACAUUAAGACCAAAUAAAAAAAAUAGUUACUUAGAAAAUACAUUAAUAUAUAAAGAUACUAAUUAUGAAUUGCCAUAUGUUUUAAAUUAUUAUCCAGAUGAUGUGUUUAUUUUUAAUUUCGAUGGGGUUAUAAAUUUAAAUAAGCAAGAAAAAAUUGUAGUUGCAUUCUUAACUUUUUUAAAAAUAUUUAAUCAACCUUUUGUUUUUAAUAAUAAGAAGGUAAACAAUUUAAUGCUGUAUGACUUUCUUGAGAAAGAAGCAAAUCAUAUCUUUCAAGAUAAAGAUGAAAAGGUUCAAAAUAAUGAGAGCUCAAAUAUAUGUAACAAUAAUAAUGAGGGGGAUGAGGAGAAAGACCCGUUUAUAUUGCAUAAACUGAUGCCGAAAUUUUUUUAUACCAGACUUCUUCAUAUUUAUAAAUAUUUAAAAAGAAACGAAGAUCUUGUUAUAGUAAUUAAAUAUAUAUAUGAUGAAAUAAAUAAUAUUUGUGUAAAAUAUAAUUAUGAUAUAAAUGAACUAAUAACAUUAUCAAAUGAAAAAAAUGUUCUAGCGAAAAAAUUAAAUGAAAUUAAAAAUUGUAAAAGUGGAACAGAACAAAAUGAUAAAUAUGAUGAUAAUAAUAAUAAAAAAAAUAAAAAUAAUAAAAAUAAUAAUAAUAAUAAUAAUAAUAAUAAUAAUAAUAAUAAUAAUAUAAAUAGAGAAGAUAUUAUUAAUAAUAAUAACCAUUGUGAUAAUGUUAAUAGUUAUGAGGUUGUUAAAGAAUUAACUAUGGGAACUUUUAAUCCCAACAUAAUUUAUAAAUAUAAAAAUAUCGAAAACUUAUUUAAUAUAUUUCCAUGUUUUCGUGCUGAGUUUGAAGACUUUUAUAUAAAUAAUAUAUAUUUAAAAUUAUAUGAAAAAUAUAAAUUGGAUUAUAAAUUUGUACACAAUGAAUUUAAGAAAAUCAGAAAUAAUUUAAUGAACACACAUAAAAACGCAUAUAUAAAUUUAAUAAAAUAUAGAUAUAUAUGUAACAAUUUAAAUGAUGAAGAAAGAAAAAAUCAUGAAACUUUUAAUUUUACUUGUAUAGAUAUUAUAAAUCAUAAUAUUAAUAUUUUUAGAAAACCUAUAUAUAUAAUGUCUACUACAGAAAAUUAUGAUUUUAUUAAAUAUACAUUAAAUAUAUUUGGAUUACAUAUCGAAAGACAAGAAGAUCAUAACUUGCUACGCAUUUUUGGAUAUGAUACUUUAUAUCCAUCUCAUACGAAUUAUUCAAAUAAAUAUAAUAAAAUCAUAUUUCAACUCCGAAAUCUUUUUAAAACAGAUUAUUUUAAUAAUGAACAUAAAAAUAAUCAAAAAGAUGAUUAUAUUUAUGAUAAAUAUAAUAUUGAUAUAAAUUAUUUAAAUUAUUUUAAUAAAACACAUCAAAAAGAUUAUUAUUUUAAGAAUAAUAUGAAUUAUAUGAAUAUACUAAAAGAAAAAUGUGAUUUAAUUAAUAUUAUUAUCAAAUCAUUCCAUGAGGAUACCAAUUCUAUGAUACAUAUUGUCGAUCAUAAAUAUGAUGAUUUAAAUGCUUUAAGUAAUGAUUCAAGAAUUUCUAAAAAUGUCAGAUUAUACUUUUGUGAAUGGGGAUAUAAUACAUUCGAAGAAAAACAAAAAGCCUUAUUUCAUGAUAAAAUUAAAACAUUUCAAAUGUCUUAUAAAUUAAUAUUUCUGUCUUGUACUCUUCAAAAUUCUCCUAGAAGAAAACAUACACAUGGAAAAGGAUUAGAAACUGAUUUUUAUUCAAAAUUUAUGCACAAAUAUUGUUUGCAAAAUAAUUUGUUAUCAAAAGUGGAUAUGUAUAACGAGCCUAUACAAGAGUGA